AUGUCUUUUUACCCGUCGCAACAACCUGAUCCGAAUGAGGAUAUGAUGUUGGAUCCUAACCAAUAUCCAAUGUAUCAACAACAAAACUCUCAGGCAAUGCCGCAACCAAUGGCGGGACAAAUUCCUCAAUAUGGUCAAUUUGCACCAGAACAUCUUUUCCAGCAGCAACAACAACAACAACAGCAGCACCAACAAGGUAGUGAAGGGUUUGAUGGGAUGAAUUUGAUGCCACCGUCACAAUAUAAUGAUUUUAGUAAUGGGGGUGUUGGUGGCUAUCCUCAAUAUGAGCAACAACAUUUUCAGCAACAACAGGCAUUUCAUCAACCAGAAUUUCAACAGCCAGAAUUGGGAGUAGGCAUGAUUCCACAACAUGAUCAACAGCACCAACAACAAAAUCAUCAACAACAGCAGCAACACCAACCAGGAUUACCGGGUAUGGCAGUUGCUCCUGGACAAGAAGCUGGCAACUCACGAACAGUUUAUCUUGGUAAUUUACCUAAUGAUCUUGAACCUCAUGAAUUACUUGAUUAUGUUCGUUCAGGAAUAAUUGAAAAUGUUCGAAUCAUUCCAGGGAAAAAUUGUUGUUUUAUUAGUUUUUUGGAUACCAAUGCUGCCUUAUUGAUGCAUAGUGAAUUUAUUUUGAAGAAAAUCAACAUUAAAGGUUAUAAUAUUCGUGUUGGAUGGGGGAAAAAUACUGCUAUUCAACCUGGAGUGUUACAAGCAGUUACUAAUGAUGGAGCCACUAGAAAUGUUUAUUUGGGUAAUUUAUCUCCUCUGAAUAUAUCUGAAGAAGAAAUCAUUAAUGAUUUGAGUAUUUAUGGUCCAAUUGAAUGUAUUAAAACUAUCCCAGAAAAGGGAAUUGCCUUUGUUCAUUUCCUUAGUAUUGCCUCGGCCAUUCGUUGUGUUAAUAAUUUACAAUCAGAAAAAUAUCCUAAAGUGUAUUAUGGUAAAGAUCGUUGUGCAUUUAUUACUAAAACUCAACAACAUAAUGCCGCUCAAUAUUUAGGGUUGGCUCCUGGUAUGGAACAUAUUGUUACUGCUGCUGAUCGAGAAUUUAUUUCUCUGGCAUUAGUACAACAAUCAGCUGCUGCAGCACAGAUUGCUACUCAGGCUGGUGGGGCUAAUAAUUUAGGAAAUCGUACGGUUUAUUUGGGUAAUUUACAUCAAGAUUCUUCAAUUGAAGAAAUUUGUAAUGUUGUUCGUGGAGGAUUAUUACAAAGCGUUCGAUUUUUAAAGGAACGUCACGUUUGUUUUAUUACAUUUAUUGAUCCUAUUGCUGCUGCCCAAUUUUUCGCCAUGUGUCAAUUACAUGGAUUAACAAUUCAUAAUCGUCGUAUUAAAGUUGGUUGGGGUAAACAUUCUGGUCCAUUAUCCAAUGCAUUAUCCUUGGCAGUGUCCAAUGGAGCUUCAAGAAAUAUUUAUAUUGGUAACAUUGUUGAUUUUGAAUAUUUCAAUCCAACUAAAUUAAGAGAAGAUUUCACUAAAUUUGGAGAUAUUGAACAAAUUAAUUAUUUGGAAGAGAAAAAUUGUGCAUUUAUUAAUUUUAUUAAUAUUGCUAAUGCCAUUAAAGCCAUUGACGGAAUUAAAUCAUUUGAUGAUUAUAAAAAUUUGAAAAUCAAUUUUGGUAAGGAUAGAUGUGGUAAUUUACCUCGUCAAUUCCAAAAUCAAUUACCAUUAUCAUCAUCAUCUCCUUCACCAGCACAAAACCAAUCUUCGGGUGUAACACCAGCAUUUGCUAAUGAUCAUGAUGAUAAUACUCAAUCUUUACUGACCCCACAAACAGAAGUCCCACCAGCAUCACCUUCAUCAGCAGCUGUCUCAUCUGACAUACAAUCAGAGGCUUUACCUGUUGGUGGUGGAGCAUUGGGAAUUAUUGAGGAUGGAGAAUUCUAUAAAGAGUCUACACCAUUUUAA